AUGUCACAUCUGACCCUGUGGAACCAUCCAGGGCUGCGACUGAGACACAGGGGCCUGCAAGACUCGGUGCCCCACAUCGCCCUGCUGGGCUCUGGGGGGGGGCAGAGGGCGGCUGUGGCUCUCCUGGGGUCUCUCCAGCAGAUGGGGCAGGACGACCUGCUGGACACCCUGCUCUACAUGGGAGGAGUGUCUGGGUCUGGCUGGGCCAUGGCGUCCCUCUACACCGACCCCCAGUGGAGCACCAACACGGCCGCAGCUCUGGCCAGGCUGACCCAGCCCGGCCCGGGGGUGGACGACAUCAUGGCCUGGCUGAGGGUCCGGGCGGAGCAGGAGGACUUCUCCCUCUCCGACCUCUGGGGGUCCCUCCUCUCCUCCAGCGUCAUGAAGCAGCUGGACCGCACGCGCCUCUCCGACGAGGCCAAGAGACAAACCACCAACCCCUAUCCGGUCUACAGUGCGCUGGAACAAAACUGCUACUUGGACGGCCAGACAAAAGGCAAAUGGUUUGAGUUGACUCCUCAUGAGUCGGGCUUCACAGAGCUGAAUCACUUCACCCCCACCUCCCAGCUGGGCCAAAGACCCUCAGACAGAGGGGCGUCUGAGGGGGAGAAGGGCGUGAAGGGGGGGAAGGAGGAGGUUAUGGAGGUGGAGGUGUCCGGGAUGGACAUGGUCACCCUGCAAGGUAUAAUAGGCAGUGCAAUGGCAGAUGAACAGAAGAUGCUGGCGCAUUUGCCGGAUUGGCUGAAAAAUAUUCUUGAUAUCCACUCUUCCCCGUCCGAGGGAGGCGUGGACAGCCAGGAGAGGAAGACGAAGGGCGACGCAUGGAUGGAGAAGGUCCUGAAGCCGGUGAGGGAGGGGCUCCUCGCUCUGCCCGACGGCCCGGUGAGGGAGGGGCUCCUCGCUCUGCCCGACGGCCCGGUCAAGGACGUGGUCUCGUGGGUGGUCUUGAAACUCUUACCCUUGAUCACCGAAUGGAAAUGGGGAACCACAGCCAACUUCAUCUAUCACAGCCCAGACGAGUUCAUUCCAGAGUGUCUGAGGUCGACGGAGAACCUCCAGCUGGUUGACGCUGGUCUGUUCCUGAACUCCCCAUACCCUCCGUUCCUCGGGCCCAGGAGGGACGUGGACCUCAUCAUCUCCCUGGACUUCUCCCUGGGGCAGAGCCUGAAGAGCCUGACCCUGGCCAGGGAUUAUGCAGUCGAGGUGGGGAAGCCGUUCCCAGUGAUAGACGACACGGUCCUGGAGGACGUGGACUGGCCCAGGGACUUCUACGUGUUCCCGGGAGGUCGUUCCGCGCCCACCAUCGUUUACAUGCCUCUCUUCAACCAAAGGAACUGCAGAGGUAUAAGUCGGGAUGCCCCCGUGUACCUCGGCUUUCAAGUCACGAUUCUUGUGGUCGUCGAAGGAGAAUUGGGUCAGCAACAGUGGUUUUUCCUUUUGCCUCUUUAUGGAUGUACCCUUGAUAUGGAGGUCCACACGUACAUUUUUAACGGGAAAUCGUUUCGUUGGGACUCAGACGCAGCCGAGGUGAAGUCCAAGAUGGCGGAGUACACUACAGUCCAGAUGCCGUACAACCAGAAGAAGAUAGCUGGCCUGUUGAAGAUAGCCAUGGACAACAUGAAGAACAACAAAAACAAACUGAUGCUCGAGAUGCACAGUGCUGCUGUUCGCAAGCAGAAACGCAGAUCAUAGCUCAAAGUUGAUGUCCAGGACAGAGUAAAGCGGAUGAUUUACAAAGUGCAGCCAUCCUCAGUAAAGUUUCCCUCAGAACGCUGCAAUGCUAGAAUCACUCGUCUAGCUCGUAAACGGACCCACAAAAUGUAUGUCACACUUAUUACCAAAGCAGUGUUAUUGCUCUUGAUGUGCAACCCUUAUUUUCUGCUGUAUCUUAUGCAAAUAAAAUGGAAAGAAAGGUUGUGUGCAUCUUUCCAUGUCUGCGAGAGAGAAAGCGAGCAAUUUCAUUGAUUUGAUGUCUUCGGGUUCUAGGUUGGGUCAUCCCUCUCAAAGCUCAGUACCUUUUGAUACUGGAUGAGCAGGAUUGCUUUCCUACUCAAACACGAUGGCCAUGAUUUGUUGGUAUUCAAAGAAAAUCAUCACCGUGGUUUACACAAUGGUACAAGCUACUAAAUAUCUCCCACCCACACUGGCCAAAUUUCCCAGAGUAUCAGUCCACUUCUAUCAGAGCGUAACAAACCAAAGUGACAAGAGUGCAUAGUUCUACCCCCAUCGAUCAUAUGGGUGGGGGUAGAAGGCUGCCUUCAAGUACCCCCAUGUAAGCGCCUGAACUGUGAAAACUUGUAUUUACUUUAGAAGUGUUAUCAUGCAGGUCAAAUUAAUAAA